AUGGGUGGCCAAAUUACUCGCUGUGACUUCGAAUGGUCGUACACAGCCGAACCACAUGCUACGAGAAGAAAAGAAAUACUUGGUAGGCUGACAUUUGACUGUUUUAGCCCACAUUGACCCGAUGAUUUUACGUUAUACAAAAGCAUUAAGAAUUACAUAACGAACAUGACCCUGCGAGAGUUUGGCAUCACUAGUUGACUUUUACAAAAGAAGCUAAAUAUUUUUUGUUGACCACUUACUUUUUUGGUUGUUCAUUUGAGAUAUUCAGAGCCCUUUAGAAAAUUUGAAUUGGUUUUUUUCUAUUGAGUUUACUAUAAACAUGGAUUUAGAUUAUAAAUAAGUACGCCUUAAUUAGUCAGGCUUUAUUGCUAACAAAAGCGAUCAGUUUCCUAUAAUAUCCAAGCUGUUUAAAAACAGCUAAUAUAAAACAAGGCACAAAUUGAUGAAUUUUCACAUGGCGAUUCUAGGCGAAAAUUUGCUAACUAGCCCAUUUCUUUUUCAAAAGAUGUCUCUGACCUAAGUAUUCCUCAUUUUGUCGCAUGCAAGGUUGUCGUCACAGACAACAGAUGUGGUGAAUUGUUAUUUAUGUUUUACGACUUCAUCAUGACGUUUUAAUAAUAAUUUCUAACUAGCAAUAAACUAGUCAAUUGGGGCCAUCGCUUUAAAUCUGUUAGUCUUAGAAAAACAAAAACAUGCGAUUUCGCAUGAUCGCCCUACAUAUCGACUAUAUUGUUUUCCUUUAGUAACAAACACCAUUUAUCAACCCCUCCCUAAUUAAUGCAUAUAUCGACAUACACCUGGUAUUACACGAAUAACAGCUCAUUAGGCUUAAGCGUUUGCCUACUCGCCUGCCCUAAUUGGCAUAAUUUCCAAAGCUCCGUGGAUCAAUAGAAAAGAAAGAAAUUUUUAGUCAAAAUUUUGCCGGCAUUGGCUUUUAACGGUAGCGACGAGAUGGCAGUAAUAUUCAAGUCUUGGGUGCAGAUUGGGUAAACAUUGACUAUCGAUUUUGCGGAAAGUUUUGUAGCACGAAUAGAACACAGGUGUAUUUAGUUCCACCACGAAAUACGCAUUGAAGCCUCUGGUUUUUGUUAAUAAGAAUAGCUCGUUGUAAACAGUACGCAGUUGACCAAUAUCCUGUAAACUGGGCAAUACGAACUUGUUUGAAUACCCAACAUCUUGUAUCCUACAGCAUUUCUGAGUGACAUAACGGCCUUAUCUGCAAAUUAGGCCCUGUCCACACGUAUCCAUGUUUGUUUGAAUACGGAUAUUUUUUCUCCGGGUGGUUUGGCCAAUCUUCUACACGUAUCGGGUGAACGCGGUCAUCGAAAACGCAUCUUUUCAAAGAAGGCUUUUGAGAGUUGAGAGAGUGGAGAAUUUGAAAACGCCAUCUUCUCGUUUAAGUGUGCUUCGAGCAUGACGUAUAUUCCGUAAGGGAUUCUAUCGUAUUUCCUUCGUUUCAGCGUUUUCGAGUGGACGGGCGAAAACGAUUCGAAUACGAUACGUGUGGAUGCACAAAUUUUUUUUGGAAAACGGAGAAAAAAAUCUCCAUUUCCACAAAAAUAUCCGGACACGUGCGGACGGGGCCUAAGUGAGUGAGAUUUUUUUAAAAAAGUCAAUUAAUUGUCCAGAGCUGUUUUAAUUUUUUCAUCGCCCCAUCCCCCACUCUUCGCCAAAAAAACUGCCUUUUUAAUAAUGCUAAGGAAGUCGCAGAGUGAAAUUUCACUUCCGAUAAAUGGUACCGCGACUCUGCGAGCACUUCUCAGAUCUUUGGAGACGCCGGGGUAUAGUAGUUUAUCGGAACGGGAUAUUCAUGGACCCAAUCCCCACAGACAAAGUUUGCGAUAAGAACGGCAAAAUCAUUUCUGGGGGCAAAAUCCCCUCUGUCCCGAAAUGGGAGGGUCGAAGACAGCCGUAACCGAGCCACGAGAGAACGCGUGCUGGCGGCGAAGUCGCACUCGAGUCUCCUUUCGCGUGCUGCUCUCGCGUGACUUCUCGAGACUCCCCCUCGGAGAGCUUGCUCGCAGGCUAAGACAACCGCGUCCCUCCAUCAAACUCGUUCCCAGGGCUAUUCCCAUCGAAAAUGGGAGGGGCGGGAAUGAAGUUGCCUUGCCCCAUGGUGGUUACCUAGAAGAUGGUAGGUGCGCUCUCCCAUGUUCUCAGGGGAAAAGCCAUAGGGAGACAAUCUUGAAUUACUGAGACUUAUUCUAUUCUUUUUCUAAGCCAAGUAUCCUGAGAUCAAGAAACUGAUGGGCAGUGAUCCUAUCUUCAAGUACCAAAUCUUGUUGUUGAUGUCGCUUCAACUCUCACUGGCCUACAUAAUGCGUGACCUAUCUUGGACCAAUCUCUUCAUAGCAUCCUACUGCCUGGGUGCCGUGGCAACCCAUGGUCUCAUCGUGGGAGUUCACGACAUUUCUCACAACAUCGCAUUCGGAAACGGCCGUCCCUUACUGAACAGGCUCUUUGGUAUCCUAGCUAAUCUACCGACCGCGAUUCCAUCUUCCAUUGCCUUCAAGAAAUAUCACAUCUUACACCAUCGUUACAUGGGCGUCGAAGAAAUUGAUCCGGACCUGCCGACAAAAUUUGAGGCUUGGAUUUUCUGUAAUUCCAUCGCUAAGGUUAUGUGGGUGAUUCUGCAACCGUUCUUUUAUGCCAUCAGACCGAUGGUUGUUAACCCGUUGACACCAAGCGGCUUAGAAAUCCUUAACAUCGUCGUUCAGCUCGCCUUCGACUACUUGGUCGUACGGUUCUGGGGUUUAAAAUCACUUGUGUUCAUGGCCGCUAGUACAGUUCUCGGCACGGGUCUUCACCCUUUGGCGGGCCACUUCAUCGCUGAGCAUUAUAUGUUCGCGGAAGGCUGCGAAACAUAUUCUUACUACGGUCCAGGAAAUUGGCUUACUUUCAACGUUGGGUAUCACAACGAGCAUCACGAUUUUCCCAGCAUUCCAGGCUCCAAGCUUCCGUUGGUCAAGAAGAUUGCAGCAGAGUAUUACGACAACUUGCCGUAUCAUACCUCCUGGACAAAGGUGAUUUGGGAUUUCAUUACUGAUCCAAGAAUUGGUCCAUAUGCUCGGGUUAAGAGAGCGCAGACUAGAAAAAUCAAAUGA